CCUGGAACAAAAGGUCAAAGUGGACUGCAGUGUAAAUGUGGAGAGGCAGCCAAUAAAUAGCAUUGCUUGGAGAAGUUUGGAGGUUGAGAGCCACCGCACGCUGGCAAACUGCAAGAGCAGUUGUUUCUCCAGCCCGGAGGUGCAGCCUCGUGCCCGAGCCCAGCUCAGCCACUGUAAGCAGAGGAUCACUGCCACAGACGGCCAGACUUGUCCUGGAAGAGGCGGUUGUGAGAAUCCCUUGCAAAUUUCCAUGCAAGAAUGGCUUGUGAAAUCAUGCCUCUGCAAAGUUCGCAGGAAGAUGAAAGACCCUUGUCACCUUUCUAUUUGAGUGCUCAUGUGUCCCAAGUCAGCAGUGUUUCAACAACUGGAGAACUCUUAGAGAGAACCAUUCGGUCAGCUGUGGAACAGCAUCUUUUUGAUGUUAACAGCUCUGGAGGUCAAAGUUCAGAGGACUCAGAAUCUGGAACCUCUUCAGCAUCUUCUUCCAGCUCCGCCAGGCAGCGACGACGCCAAUCCAAGGAGCAGGAUGAAGUUCAUUGUUGUAGAGAUAAGGGACUUAUCAACAAAGAAAAUAUUCCUUCUGGCUUCAACAGCCUCGAUGAGUGUAUCUUGAAUACUCAGGAAGUAGAAAAAUUACAUGAGAACACCUCUGAUUAUAUUGGAGAAAGAAGCAAACCUAAACGGCAAAAAUCCAGUUCAAAACUUUCUGAGCUCCAUGAAAAUCAAGACAGCCUUGUGAACGUGGAAAGUCUCAGUUCCACACGGUCACAUGAGAAGCCUGGACCUGAUGAUAUUGAACUGAUGUCCGAUGAAAGCAAACAAAAUGAAAGAGGGGACGGACACACAGAGCAUUUUGAGAGCACCACAAUGAAGAUCCAGGAGCAUCCCAGCAUACCUGAUACCAAACAGCAGAGGAAUCAAGAUGCUGAUGACCAGCCAGAGAGCUUUGUCUCAGAAGUGCCCCAGUUGGACCUGACGGCAUUGUGUGAUGAGAAGAGCUGGGAAGAACCCAUCCCUACUUUCUCAUCCUGGCAGCGAGAGAACGUGGACUCUGACGAAGCUCGCCUCUCCCCACAGGCGGGGCGCCUGAUUCGCCAGCUUCUGGAUGAGGACAGUGACCCCAUGCUCUCUCCUCGGUUUUAUGCUUAUGGGCAGAGUCGCCAAUACCUGGAUGACACAGAAGUGCCUCCUUCUCCCCCGAAUUCCCAUUCUUUCAUGAGGCGGCGAAGCUCUUCUCUGGGUUCCUAUGAUGAUGAGCAAGAGGACCUGACACCCGCCCAGCUCACACGAAGGAUUCAGAGUCUGAAAAAGAAGAUCCGAAAGUUUGAGGACAGAUUUGAAGAAGAGAGGAAGUACAGACCUUCCCACAGUGACAAAGCAGCCAAUCCAGAGGUUCUGAAGUGGACAAAUGACCUUGCCAAAUUCCGGAAGCAACUUAAGGAAUCAAAACUAAAGAUAUCUGAAGAGGACCUAACGCCCAGGGUGAGGCAGCGAAGCAACACACUUCCCAAGAGCUUUGGUUCCCAGCUUGAAAAAGAUGACGAGAAGAAGCAGGAGCUGGUAGAUAAAGCCAUCAAGCCCAGCGUUGAAGCCACCCUGGAGUCCAUCCAGAGGAAGCUCCAGGAGAAGAGGGCAGAAACCAGUCGUCCUGAGGACAUUAAGGAUAUGACCAAAGAGCAGAUUGCUAAUGAGAAAGUGGCUCUGCAGAAGGCGCUCCUCUAUUAUGAAAGCAUUCACGGAAGGCCGGUGACAAAGAAUGAACGUCAGGUUAUGAAGCCACUAUACGACAGGUACCGGCUAGUGAAACAGAUCCUGUCCCGGGUCAACACUGUACCCAUCAUUGGUUCCCCCUCCAGCAAGCGGAGAAGCCCUUUGCUGCAACCAAUUAUCGAGGGUGAAACUGCUUCCUUCUUCAAGGAGAUAAAGGAAGAAGAGGAGGGGUCAGAAGACGAUAGCAACACGAAGCCUGACUUCACAGUCACUCUCAAAACAGAUUUCAGUGCACGUUGUUUUCUGGACCAAUUCGAAGAUGAUGCCGAUGGGUUUAUUUCCCCAAUGGAUGAUAAAAUACCAUCAAAAUGCAGCCAGGACACAGGGCUUUCAAAUCUGCACGCUGCGUCAAUACCUGAACUCUUGGAACACCUUCAGGAAAUGAGAGAAGAAAAGAAAAAAAUUCGAAAGAAACUUCGUGAUUUUGAAGACAAUUUCUUCAGACAAAAUGGAAGAAACGUCCAGAAGGAAGACCGCACUCCUAUGGCCGAAGAAUACAACGAGUACAAACACAUAAAGGCGAAACUAAGACUCCUGGAGGUGCUCAUCAGCAAGAGAGACACUGAUUCCAAGUCCAUGUAAGGGGCACCCCAGCCCAGCAAGGGGUUCCUGCGGAUGCAAGGAGGACUUACUGUUCUCCUGGUACAGAGCAGCUCUAGAAGGCAGCCUGGGAGCUGGACCUCCAAAGCCUGACACCCUUCUGCUGCCAGGCCUUUUGGGUGGGCUCCUGUUUCCGCUGCCUGCCUCAGAAACUGCCUACAUGGGAGAUGACAAUGUGACCUGACUUAGGAAUUUUGUAAUAAGAAGUCAAGAUUCCUGCACACUUACACACUUGUGGUGGGAACUUCACUAACACUAACAGUGAUGAAUCACUACAUUAGCCACACCUAUCUACAGAGAUUAUACACUGUUUUUCCCUGGACAACUGAGAAACCAGAGAGAACAUUCUCUAACUGUGAUAAAAACAAGCUCAGGACUUUACUCUGUAGAGUGAAUUUGCUGUGGAGGUCCAGGCCCUCUCCGGACCCAGUCAAGUGUGACCAUGCAUUGGAGCCCUAUUUGCUGCCUUGGCCAUUCUAGUGACCUUCCCACAGAGCUGCGCCUUCCCCACGUGUGAAUUGAUUUUCUCUCCAACUCUCAGAUGGAAGCUGCAUCUGCCCACAGUGGCAGAGCAGUCAUCCGUGUGAGGGUGCGUUUCUUCAGGACUUCCUCAGCUGACAGAUCCAAUCCCUGACUAGGACUUAAUCAUCUUCAGAGGACAGAGGGAUUGUAGCAGCAGCCAUAUUAAUACUGAUUUUUAAAUCAGGUAACAGGUGAAGAGCCUGGAGAUUGUUUCUUGAACACUGACUGCACUUACCAGUCUGGUUUUAAUAUUAAACACUAAGCGAGGCCGGCAUGCCUAUGUAACCUGCCGAGGGCUUGAUUUUGUUGUGGUUCUAGCCAAACUUAAAGGGCCUUGCUUAAUUCUUAGCCUAAGUGUAGAGGAUCAUGUGAGAGAGGGAGCCUGAGCCAUCAGCCUCCUGAAUACCUACCAGAGUUUAAUUUUUCUAAAAAGGUAAAUCUGCACUAAAAUCCCCAGACGGGUAAAUGUAGCCCUCAGAGCUCAGCUCAAGGCAGAAUCUAGCUCACACUACUUUCAAGAGCAUAUAUAGUAGAAAAAAAUGGCAUAUAGCCAAUUUUGAUUGUAAUUUCUUCAAAGACUGUGUCACAAAGCUGUCUAUAUUAGAUGUUUUGGAGGGACCAGGGAAUUUAAGACACCAAAUCAUUCAUCUCUUCGUUGUGCUUGAUGUCACGCUGUGAUUUGUUUUUCUUUUUCACCUUCUGUGUCUGCCCUGAGGAAGAGGGUUUGGGGUCCACCCUUGUGCUUUGUGAGGCAGAGCCCUGGUGUCUGCUUGCCCACCGGGCUGAAGUGCUAUCUCAGGCUCCACCUCCUGAAGAUAAUAUUGCAGGGUGGACUCCCCCUGUUCUGAGAGUUGCUUUCUUAAAGGUUGCAGUUUUGUUUUCUAAAAAGGAAAAGGAUAGAAUGUAAAGCCGCACCAACCAGUUGUCAAUUGUAAUAAUGGGUCUUAAACACCUGGUGGCGGAUUUACUUCUCCAUUGUUGAAAUGAGAUAGCAGCUCUCCUCUGUUCAAGUGGGGGGGUCGGGAGAAAGGAAUGCCUUUAAGUUUUUCUUAAUCAUAUAGAAGCAUGAGCUAUGUGUUGGAAGUGCCCUCAUUUUAAUCCACACAUUUAAAGAUGGUACAUAAUCCUACAAAUCUAAAUGUACAUGAAAAUAUAGUUUGAUAUUCUUUGCUCUACUGUUUACAUUACAGAUUGUUAUAAUUUCAAGGAGUUAUAUUAUAAAUAAAAUGAUGCACUUUAGGAUGUUUUCUAUUUUUGAAAUCUGAACAUGAAUCAUUCACUUGACCAAAAAUUGUAUUUUUAAAAAGAAAUACAUGUCUAGUCUGUCCUUUUUAACUGUUCUCUUAAAUAAGCUAUGAUAUAAAUCAAAUUAUCAGUUCACUUUUGAAGCACAUCUAAGAGUAUUGUUUUGAAAAAAUAUCCUAUAGAAUUUUUAAACUCCAUGUAAGUGAGAAGCUAGUAGGUUUUUGAAAUCUGUUCUUUCUGCCAAAGGUAAAUUAACUAAAAGAUUUAUUCAGGAAUCCCCAUUCAAAUUUGUAUGAUUCAAUAAAAGAAAACACCAACUUAUAGUAAA